UUCAGGCCGGCCCCCCGAAACCAGCCAAGUCUCUGCGGGAGGAGGAGCCGAUGAAGGCCUCCUCACAGGCCGAGCUGUCUGCAGAGAGGCUGAAGGAGUUCAAGUCGUCGCUGUUCGCUGUGUUCCAGUCCGCUCACGCCCAGUCGGUGAAGAUGAAGACGCUGAUGGAAGACAUCAACAAGGGCCGCGAGAGCCGCUUCACGGAGCCCGACAUCCGCGCCGCUCUGGCCCGCAUGCAGGACGACAACCAGGUCAUGGUGGCCGAUGACAUCAUCUUCCUCAUCUGAGGGGCCGGCGUUUCUGAAUUUGAUUACAUAGACUUUAAAAGAAACUGGGACGCGUAUUCUAAUGAACAUUUACCCAAUACUGUUCACAUUUAAUCUGCGGUCAGUUAUGAAAAAAAGAAGAUAUUUGAAACCGUUUGUUCUCAUGGUGGUUUUGAACAACUUUACUGCAGAUUGAUCAAUUUGAUGAAACCACCAAACCAACCAGCAUUGCUCCAACAGAAUAAGGAUAUUAUUAAGUUGUCACCAACACUUGUGAUGUCUGGAUUUGUAUAUAGUUGAAGAAAAAUUGUAACUCUUGUGUAUUAAAAAAUCAAAUGUAAUGGGACACAACUUUGGUUCUUAAAUGAACUGACAGUGCUACAUUACAGAAUGUUACUUAACCUC